AUGAAGAAGAAGAAGAAAAAGAAGAAGAAGAAGAAAAAGAAGAAGAAGAAGAAAAAGAAGAAAAAGAAGAAGAAGAAGAAAGAGAAAAAGAAGAAGAAGAAAAAGAAGAAGAAGAAAAACAAAAAGAUAGAGAAGAUGAAGAAGAAGAAGAAAAAGAAGAAGAAGAAAAAGAAGAAGAAGAAAAACAAAAAGAUAGAGAAGAUGAAGAAGAAGAAGAAAAAGAAGAAGAAGAAGAUGAUGAUGAUGAUGAUGAAGAAGAAGAAGAAAAACAAAAAGAAAAACAAGAAGAUAGAGAAGAUGAAGAUGAUGAAGAUGGAGAUCUCUUAUUUAUCUUGCGCUUUCCAUUUUUCCGUUUAG